UGGGGAACAUGUCGCGGCUCAGCUGGGGAUACGCCGAGCACAAUGGUCCUGCUCACUGGAAUGAACUUUUCCCCAUCGCUGAUGGGGACCAGCAAUCCCCGAUUGAGAUUAAAGCCAAAGAAGCAAAGUUUGACUCUUCCCUCCGCCCUCUUCGCAUCAAAUACGACGCUAGUUCUGCGAAGAUCAUCAGUAACAGUGGCCAUUCCUUCAGCGUGGACUUCGAUGACACGGAGGACAAGUCAGUCCUGCACGGGGGUCCGCUCACCGGAAGGUACAGGUUGCGACAGUUUCAUCUGCACUGGGGGUCGGCCGACGACCACGGCUCGGAGCACGUGGUGGACGGAGUGCGGUACGCCGCCGAGCUCCACAUGGUCCACUGGAACGCAGACAAGUACCCCAGCUUCGUGGAGGCGGCGCAUGAGCCUGAUGGACUGGCGGUGCUGGGGGUGUUCCUGCAGAUUGGUGAAGUCAAUCCCCAGCUGCAAAAGAUUACUGACAUUUUGGAUUCCAUCAAAGAAAAGGGCAAACAGACUCGGUUCACAAACUUCGACCCCUUGUCUCUGCUCCCUCCAUCCUGGGACUACUGGACGUACCCUGGGUCUCUCACAGUCCCGCCUCUUCUCGAGAGUGUCACGUGGAUCAUUCUGAAACAGCCUAUCAGCAUCAGCUCUCAACAGCUGGCCGCCUUCCGCUCGCUCCUGUGCACCGCGCAGGGCCAGCCGGCCGCCUUCCUGCUGAGCAACCACCGCCCGCCGCAGCCUCUGAAGGGCCGCCAAGUGCGGGCCUCGUUCCACUGACAGCUGAACCUGGACCACCCCGAUGUGCCCUCGGAGAGAUGACAGCACCACCAGGACACAAAGUCCCUCCUGACGCUCCUCCCUAGGCUUCUGGUCUGCGGUACCGGGUACCGGGUACCGUCCGCCCAGCAGCACCAGGAACCUCUGCUCCCGGCCAUCGGACUGCUGUCCAGGUGUGGUGCCCGGUCUCCGAGCAGGAAGCACUGGGCCACACGUGUGAACACCCAUGGGAUGUGCCCCUCCCCCGUGCGGAGACGGCCGGCCAUCCCCAGCUCAGCCCGCCUCCAACUCCUCCCCCGCUGUGGAGACCGCACCAGUCAGCUGGCCAGGGCGUGGGCGAGAAGUUCGAUUCUAGACCUUUUUCUAAAGCGGUCAUUCUGCUCAACGUCUUGCUAGUAUUCCAGUUCACAGAGUUGGCAGUUUCCAGUUCUGCAGUGGAGGUUGGUUUUAGGUUGCUGAUGCUUUUGAUGAAUGGCCAGGAGGAGGGCUGGUGGUGGCGGCCCAGAAACAACCCACACAGAUUGGGUGACAGUCCUCGGAUAGAAGACUUCAGACUCCUGUGAGUGGUACUGUACAUCACACGCACUGAUGGCAUCAGUGAACUGGCUAGUGGUCAGUCAGAUGUGUGCCGGUCAACUUGCCCAUUACGGUCCUUUGACGCGAACAGCUCAGGAGGCACCGUGCCAGGGCUUGGUGAAGCUGGGCCCACUUCUCCCUGCAUUUUGGCAACAGAGCAGGGACAGUCCUGUGCUGCUCCUUCUGUCAAUGGGUGGAAAAAGUCACCUGAGUCUCAGAUAAAUGUACAAGCUGUCCAUGAACCCCCAUUUCCAGGGCACAGCCACCUCUCCUUAACCUUGUCCCUAAGUAAUCUUGUCAGGUGGCUCUUGAUAUUCACUCGAACCUAUUACUCUGGUGUGUUUGUAUUUGUGUUUGGUGAAGGGGGAUGGGUUGGGGGUCCUUUGCUGUUUCUGGUACAAGGAGAGACACUAUGCAUUAAAGAAUCAACUAUCCCCUUCUCAGAGAAGGUUGCCCGAGUCUCCUCGAGUCCGACGGUUUGUUCAGGGCCCCUGUGUUCCUCUGGGUGUAGAUGUCGUAGUUGAAAUGACUCUGGGGGGUCUUCAUGGGGUAACUGGGUGUCAGAGCUGGGUGAUAAUUAUUUCCGUGGUGGCAGGAGACGGGCUCCUGGGCCUCGGGCUCACAGCUGGUCAGUGUGGUCCCCCAGGACCCAGCUUGGGGCCUGGCAGGAGGUUCAUGCUUAGUAAAUAGCUACUGAAUCAAAUCUUUAACAAGUUUUAUUACAUCUUUAGCAACUAUCUUGCUGCUGAGGAUCAAAUGCACCUGAAGUUAAUGUAACAAGUAAAAUGUAAGUUAUC